CUCGCACGCUAACUGCCAUCCAGUUGCAAGACUACAAAGUUAAUGAACCCUUUCGCCAGCCCAGUGUCGCUGAACAUGCAAGGCCAAUACAACACGCCAAACACUCACAAGUAUUCUGUUAUUCUACCGACCUACAAUGAGCGCAAGAACCUCCCAAUUAUUAUCUGGUUGCUAGCGAAGGUCCUUGAGGAACAUCAGCUUGCAUGGGAGAUCAUCAUCGUAGACGAUGCGAGUCCAGAUGGGACACAAGAAGUUGCCAUUGAGUUGGCAAGGGCUUAUGGCGAGGACAAAAUACUUCUCAAACCACGGGCAGGAAAACUUGGACUCGGGACUGCAUAUAUCCAUGGACUCGACUUCUGCACUGGUGACUUUGUGAUAAUAAUGGAUGCCGACUUUUCGCAUCACCCCAAGUUCAUUCCGCAAUUUAUCAGAUUACAACAAGCACACAACCUCGACAUUGUGACAGGAACGCGAUAUCGCUCGACAUCCACUCCGUACCUCUCUGAAACUCAACCUGGUGGUGUGCACGGCUGGGACCUGAAGCGCAAAUUAGUUUCACGAGGAGCAAAUUUCCUGGCUGCUACUGUACUGAACCCCGGCGUGAGCGACCUAACGGGCAGUUUCAGAUUGUACCGGUUACCCGUUCUUCGGCAUAUCAUUACACUGACACAGUCCAGGGGGUAUGUGUUCCAGAUGGAGAUGAUGGUAAGGGCGCGGGCGCUGGGGUACACUGUUGGCGAGGUUCCGAUCACUUUUGUGGAUCGGAUAUUUGGAGAAAGCAAGCUCGGUGCGGACGAGGUCGUGGGAUAUGCAAAGGGCGUGUGGCAGUUAUUUAAGUCGGUUUGAAAGUACUAUAAACGUGGCAUUGGCCUUUAUUGAUCAUAAUUUAUGGUACUCGGACCCAUUUUUUAGAUGGUCAAUUCGAACAAUGAGAGUUUUCCAAUAUCUCA